AUUGGGGCGUACAUUUUUAGACCAAAAGCUUCGGUCUCUGUUAUAUUGGCUGUUCCGCUGAACUCCGUUGGCUCGAUCCACUCACCAAAUAAAAACAAAAUUAAAAAUGUUUUUAUAUAUAAAAAAAACUCCUCGAAACAGACGGCUGCCAGCUGUGGGCGUGACCAAAGGGCGUGCAUCGACGACGGGGGCGCGGCGUGAGCAGCUAGCUGCAGCGCAGCGCUCAGCUCUGCAUGCCACGCCCACGAAAUGACGAGAGAUCGAUAUCUGAAAAAAAAGCUAACUAAGUCCCAAAGGCAAAGACGAAUUAUAAGAUUUAAAUGAAAAGAAAAUCAGCAACAGGAGUAGAGGAUCAUCAUCGACAAUGAGCAAGCGGAAGCAUGAUCAAUCCUCCCCUUCCGACAGAAGAGAAUUCACAAAUCCUUACCCACCGUCCUCCCCGGAAUCAGCAGCAAACAUCAUCCAAGAUGGAAAGCUUACAGAUUCCUUCCGCAAGCUGCUGAAUCAAUCGGUCAUCAACCUUCUUGGUCAGAUGGAGUCUGGACUUCGGAGGGACUGUGAUGAAAGUGACCAUUCAGUCUACACAGGAGUCACAGGCAUUGCUUUAUUGUACCUUCAUUUGUACACUGCAAACAAAACAGAGGAUUACCUCAAGAGGUGCUACGAGUAUGUAAAGCGCCCUCUACGCCACCUCAAAGGAAGGAGAGUGACAUUCAUGUGUGGAGACGCAGGACCACUGACAGUGGGGAGUCUGUUUUAUCACAAGAUGGGAAAUCAAUCGGAAACGCGCCAUUGUAUUAGCAAGUUGAAUAGUCUUGUCCAGUCUAUUGAGGAUCCAAACCUACCAGACGAGCUCCUUUAUGGGAGGGUGGGGUAUCUCUAUUCCUUGCUCUUUCUGCAGAAACAUCUCGGGGAGGGGUACAUAGAUCAAGAUAUCAUCGACAAGGUGUGUGCUUGUAUCUUGGAUUCUGGUCAGAAGCUUGCCAAGAAAGAGAAAUCGUCCUCUCCUCUCUUGUUUGAAUGGCACGAAAAGAAGUACAUAGGGGCUGCUCAUGGCAUGGCUGGGAUACUGUUACUUCUCAUGCAGGUUAAAAGUGCCGUUGUAUCUGAUAACCUUCACUCUCUCAUCAAGCCAACCGUAGAUUACGUUCUACAGCUCCGAUUUUCAUCUGGUAACUUCCCGUCGUCUCUAGGUAACCAAUCAGACAAGCUCGUUCAUUGGUGUCAUGGUGCUCCAGGUGCGAUCCACAUGCUGCUUCAAGCUUACAAGGUGUUUUCCGAAGACCGUUACUUGAGUGCAGCCGUUGACUGUGGUCGGGUCAUCUGGGAUCGUGGCAUCCUCCGCAAGGGCUAUGGCCUCUGCCACGGAACAGCUGGUAACGCCUAUGCUUUCUUGGCUCUUUACCAGGCUACCAAAGAUGAACAGCAUUUAUAUAAGGCUUGUAAGUUUGCUGAUCGAUGCAUGGAUUAUGGGAAACAUGGCUGCAGGAUGGCAGACAGACCGUACUCUCUCAUGGAAGGUAUGGCUGGAACUAUUUACUUCCUAUGUGACUUGCUUCAUCCAGACGAAGCUAGAUUUCCUGGCCUUUAUGUCACCUGAAAGGAAUGAGGAAAUGAGAUUCUGAUGCACAGUUAUACACGCAGUUGUGAAGGACUUUCCUCCAUUGCUUAAGUAACCUGCUGGAUGAUAUGUCAGGGAGUGUCCUUAAAGCUCAUGCAUGCACUCUAUCACCCUGAUGUCUCCUCUGCUCUAAAGGCUUUGCAAAUAAUGAGCUUCCGAGUGUCCUCCAGCGAAACCUGCUCUGGCUAUAGCACUUCUCUGUUAAUAUCAUAUGUGACCGGCCACCACAAAACCAACAGUAGGUCGCCAGGGAAGGGUCUCUGAAAAUUGCCAAGAUGACAAUUGGGUCUUCAAAACUAGACAUUUUGAAAAUGUGCUAAUUUCUGAGGGAGUGAUUCCUAUUCUUCAUACUGUUAAAAUUUGAAGUAGUAAAAUUGAAUGAAGACAAGCCACAAGAAUUUCUUUGACGCUAAUUUUUUACAGACCACCUGUAAAUUUCACUGAGAUUGCGCAGUAUGCUUAUGUCAUGCUUGAGUGAACCCUGAACUUCAAACCUUGUUUCUCCUUAUUUCUCGAAGCUCACGCUGAAUUUCUUCUGCUUUCAAUUAAUUACGUGUGUCGAUUAUUUUUUAUCAAUUUUGUUGUGUGGAGCGUUGUGGCCCAGUGGAUUGGUCUCCGGACUUUGAAACAGCGGGUAGUGGGUUCAAACCCCAGCCAUGGCGUAGUUUCCUUCAGCAAGAAAUUUAUCCACAUUGUGCUGCACUCAACCCAGGUGAGGUGAAUGGGUAACUGGCAGGAAUUUAUUCCUUGAAAUGCACUGAACGCUUGAAGGCUGCUUGAGCUACAGCUGGGGUGAUAAUAUCCAAGUCCUUUGGAAACGCACAGAGAUGUUAUUCAUAAUGUGUUAUGCGCUAUACAAGAACUGACUACUAUUAUUAUUAUUAUUAUGUGAAGGAUAUGGUUAACCAAUUUUGAAGAGUUAUAUAUUAUUUAGAGCAGAGGAUGCGCUUUUCCAAGCUCGAUAUAAACCUCAAAACCCAUAUUGGGCAACUUAUUGUUGGAUUUGGAGGUGGCAGGUCACAUAUAUGUUCACAGGAGCGUUCAUAAUAUUUCUUCCUUUUUGAGGAUGAAUCAGGGUCUGUAAAUGUAAGUUCGUAUUUACAGACUUGCUUGCAUAACUAAAACAAAGAUUUACUUCAUCUUGACUCAUAAUUAAGGCAUUCUUGCACAAGUAGAUGGAGAAUUAAGUCAGCUAACUUUCAGUUACCCAUAUUAGUAGAAUGAAAUCUCUUGGGAAACCCGUUUGAUUUCCAUAGAAAUUAACCUAAAAAUGGUAUCGGUAAAUACCGGAGUUAUGCAAAAUCUGGUACUGGAAAGUGUGGGGGUGAGCUCCGGUGACUUACGUAAGCUUUUCAGAGGCAAAGAUGAAAUAUAUCUUGUAAGGAAAUGAAGCAUGAGAUUAAAAAUUUGAUCGGCUUACAUGUACCUUGAUGGUUUUCACAAUAUCAGGAUAAAGUAUGCAAUAUACAGUGCAUCUCACAAAAAUUAAACACUUUUGCAGAUAUAUUCACAAUUAUUAAAUAUGUUUUUACUAUAAAUUUGAUAAUUAUGGUAAUAGUGGAAUCUUGUCUUAAAUUUGAGACCAACAGCUUCGCAAAUUUUUCACGCAUUGCAGAUAACAAACAUUGAAUAUUGAGGUAUAUCAGAAACAAUUUGCACAGAAAAGCCUUUGUGAAUCUGAAUCCACUCUCAUUUCAGGGAUCAGUGAGAGAAACUUAAAGAAUAUAGAUGAAAUGCUAAUGAGCCAAUCGGCGAAUAAGCAUGGUCACCGUAUCAUGAACCAGUCUUGUCCAAUAUUUUUGUGCAACCUGAUUUUGACAUUGAAACUUCAAAGUCGUCUUGCUCACUAAUUUGUGAAGUGUCCAUCGCAUAUUAGGUCUAGAAAUAUAGAGGAAUAAUUGAAUUGUAUGAUGAAGUUAAUGAAAUAUCAUAAAUCAUUUGUUUGUGAAUUAAAAAAAUGGGAAUCCUGGUUUCCUUUUUUAUGGGACACACUGUAGUAGAGGCAUACAUUUUGACUUGUGUGCAGUUGAGAAUCCAUCUAGUUUCUUUGUUCUUGCUGUGGGAGGCUGCAUGCGCGACAGGAAGACUUAAAAGCAAAAAAAAAAACAUUCUUGAAUACUUUGUACCUUAAUGAAAUGAAGCAAAAAAACAUCUAGUGACAUACAGUAGUGGGCAAAUUGUUAUCAAGAAAAGACGUUAUAUUGAUUCUAAUCUUGUUAGGAAAUGAUCUAAGGAGCUGAUAGAUUAAGCUUUUUCAGGAAAACCUUUCUGGAAAAAAGAUUCAGGAAGAAAGAAUAGAAAAUCUGUAUGGAAAAGAAAGACAAUAAUAGCAAAUUGAGCUGGAAAUAAAUGACUAAUUUAUUGUUAUUUUCAAUGUAAUUAAUUUCUUGACUGCUUACUUUUACUGAAUUGAUAAUAAUAGUUAUCCGUGAUGAAUUUCUGUGAAAAUUUAAUUUAAGAAAUAAUGUCUUUUUUUUAGUGGCUUGGAUAAAGAAGAUACAAAAACCACUUGUAAACAAAUUUUAUUGUAAAAAUAGCAGAAAAAAUGUAAAAUAUACUGGUGAAGGUUUGCAGAAAAUCAUUUUUAAUGAGAACUGUAAGUUUUGAUUUAUGAUGUAACAUGCGAGUAUCUUCCCCAUAUAUUGUGCAGUAAAAAAUUCAAUGAAAUGUCAAUUUCUGAAAAGAAAAUUGAAAGUGGAUUUUAUUGUACCUUCAGUAUAAUUAUCAACAAGCAAAUUAUUCCAUACCUGCUCCUGAGAGACUUUUUGUAGCCAUCAUGAACCAAUUAACUUGAAAUUAAUACAAUUACUAACAAAUGGGGCAGCUACUCAUAUGAUGUCACAAAUGAAAAACUAGACAUCUUAUACCCUUUUUACACAGGAUUUUCUUAGCCCUGGACUAUCGCUAACCCCGUACUAUCCUUAACCCCAUACUAUUUUUUUUCCUUUUCACACAUGCCAAAUUGUUAUUGCUAACCCCGGAUAAGGAAUGCUUGCUUUUCACACACAAAACUCGCUAACCCCGGACUAGUGGUAGCUCAUUCACUCGUACCUUUUUACACACGCUAAAAUUUCCUUAACCCCGUACUAUAGGUGAGGCUAAAUUGCCAUUUAGCCCCACCUAUAGUACGGGGUUAAGCUUAGCCCACUUUCGUUUUACACUAGCGAUCUUAACCCCGUACUAUCGCUCUUAGCACCGCAAUUGCUGGGAUAACCCUGCUUUUUUGCAGGGCCAAAUAAUCCCGUACUAAAGGUGGGGUUAGCCCACUUUGCAAAAAUGCUGUGUAAAAAGAAAGUGGGCUAAGCUUAACCCCGUACUAUAGGUGGGGCUAAAUGGCAAUUUAGCCCCACCUAUAGUACGGGGUUAAGGAAAUUUCAGCGUGUGUAAAAAGGGUAUUAAUUAUUUUCUUAAUAUUUGAUGGAUUUUCCUCAAACCUUCACAAAUUUUUUUCUCAUAUUUUUACAACAAACUUUUCUUCAGGGUGUACUUCUUUCAGGAGGUGUGAUAUAGCUCGGUCUGUAUAGAGCAGGGGUUUCGAAUUCGGAUGGUACCGAUUCAUUUCCACUAGGUGCGAUAGUGGUUUCCUCAUUACCAGGUCGCUUGGAGAGAGCCGUCAUCCCUCAAUUCUCUGAUAGCUUGUUUACAAGCAUUCAUGCUUUACCAAUCAGGUGUAAAUCACGUACCACUCCCACUAGAGAAGUCUGAUUUAUAUAUUUAUAUAUAAUGAAUCACUUGCCAAUUUUUCGUUGCAAUCAAUAGGGGUGAGUACCCUUGAUUCAAGAGGUUAUUGAAGGGUUAUUAUAUAACUCUGCAUAAUAUGUUAAAUUUCAAAGAGUUUGUUAAGUUAACUCUUGCUGCGCUGAUGCUGCAAUUUUGCACAUUCGUACAAUUUAAUACAACAAUCGUAAUGUUUUUCUCCCUUACCUUAACACCGGGUAAUGUGAUAAAAAACUAUAGUUCUCGGGUAGCAUCUAUUCAAUAAAUAUCAAUAUCGAUGGUGAAAUUCGCAACUCUUUAUUCAAAGAAAAUAUCAUGAGUACAAUUGUCAUUAUUUUUCCCCAAAAAAAACAUUUCAGCGUCCAAACAUGUAAAAAUAAUUUAAAUACUUAACAUGUUCAAGAUAACAAACUCUGAAAUUGUGCCCUCUUGUGUUACAAUUAAAUCACAAAGUAAAACAAACGAUG